UGGUAGUACCGCGGUGGUAAGGAUAAUAAUAUGGUCCACAAGAGAUUCUUCCGGCUCACACAGUUGUAGCGUUCUCAGCCGGCAAAACAUUCCGCCGUUUGCUCCAGUUAAACACGACGCCGCGGCGGUACCGCGCGAAUCGUACCCGACGCCGCGAUCAAAAUAGUACCGACGCCGGUUCAAGGUACUGCUACUGCAAAAAGCAGGAAGAAGGAAGGCAUUUACCAGAAAGGCACUCUACCUAAAGGGUAUUUAUCGGAGAGACGUACUACCUCGUCAAAGGGUACUGUUUUACCGGAAAAGGUACGACCCUACUGAAGAAGACGCUACCGAAUCGAAAAACGUAUCACUAGAAAAUCGGCUGCGUCAAAAAUGGGUGCUAUCAAAUGUUGGGUCAAGCUGUAAACUAGUAGUACCAACAGAGUGACAAAUGACAAUUAUGGAUGCUUGCUUGAUAGUGGCGAUAAAAUCGCACAAGGAGGGGUUGAAAGGGAAAAAGAAGAAGAAAUGUGUGAAAAAUGUGGAGGAAAUUAAGGAGAAACAGAAUUUCAAGAAUCGAUGGGGAAAUUUGGAGGACAUGGAGCAGUACCUCCACUAUAUCGGUGGCGGCGCUGGGGCGCUGGCACUUACUGGAGUUGCAGCUGCCUCCGCAUACUACCUUACCAGCAGACCUACACCCAUAAGGCCCUUGUUCCCCCUUGACGCCCAAUGUAUUUUUGAACAGG